GCAGGACCGAUCCCGUAGUCGGAGCUGCCUUCCGUGAAUCAAGUGUAGAAAUAGCAGGAGCACCUGGGCACGUAGGAAGCCACGCACUUGCCCUGCUUCACUUUGGGUAGACUUCCAGUUGCUUCUUUCUUCUGAGGCCACCCAGGGGAAACAGAAUCAACACUCCAGUUGACAUCACCAGGUUUACGAGACCGAACUGGAUCAAUUUGCAUCGCUCGGAAAGAAACACCACUCCACGCACAUUUACACGGAUAGCCCGACUCCACUCGCCGCCGGACAGACUGCCGCUGCGCCGCUGGCAACUUGCUUGGGCUGACAUCCCACGCCUCCCACGCUCACUUUCACGCCCACGAACACCCUCCCACGUCGACGAAGCGAAGCUAAAUCGUCCGCAUUCCGUCAGCUCACCUUAUCCGCCGUGUGCACUCCGUACCCUAUUUCGAGUGACGGACAGCAGACCAUCUCCACUGCAGCUCGUUUCCCAGGUAGGCAGGCCCCUUUCCCGGUCCUUCGUCAGCUUCCAUGCCUGCUCCAUCUGGCAUCGCGGCAUCCAAAUGCAAAGACCAAGAUAGCAUCAAGCUUCUGCGCAAUCUACGCCAUUGUGAGCUGACGGAAACGGGCCGUCCACAAGCACCACUGUGUUGUUCUCUGGACUAAUUCUCUGUUUGUUACGCAGAAGUGGGAAUCACCUCCUGAGUCUUGGACCUCGUACUUGGUCUCCGGAUACACCGUCCCGGCGUCACCACCUCUUCACCUUGCCGCCUCCCGUCGCCUCACCGACGCCCCUCUCGGCCCUCGUACACGCCCCUUGUGUCGCCUAGAGCUACCUGUACUUCGUACACGGAGAACAGGUACCCAGUUACCCCAACUUGAAAAUUUUCAUCGGCCUUCUCCAACUCUUCGAAUUCAGCCAGAGUUGGGCACAAAGUCGGGAAAAAAACGACCAUCAACAAGAAAGGAAGAAAAAAAGAAAUUGCCAAUUCCUAGGAUCGGGUCUGGCUUCCGUCUUCUCCCACCCUCCACACCAACACCCCCGUCUCAACCCUUAACCACCCCGGUCGUCGACGGACCCUCGUCGCCCCCGUUAUUCAACCACCCUGGUCUCCCGGCUCCACGCCGCACACCCUGCCACGACCUGCAGCGAACCCUCUGCACAAUCGACCCCGAUUCGGGUGCCAGUCUCCCUACUCUGUCGUCUGUGUACGGAUACGCCUGGGCGGAAACCUUGGAAGCACAUCAUACAGUUGGAUUCGAAUCAAAGCUUGGAGCUCCAGCGCACGCUCGACCUGCUACGCAAUCCGCACGCCCGCCAUCCCAUCUUCUGCGCCGUCCCAUCCCUCCAUCGCUUUCCCAAUUCUCGUUCCUCGUCCGCCCGUCUCCCGUCCCCCGUCCCCAGGCUUCGCUCGUCCGUCGUCCAGGCAAGUACCCGGUACCUCGACGCCUCUGCCGGCGCCUGGCCUUGCUGCCAUCCCUCCUUUGUGAAACUGCGUUGAAACCCCCUUCUCCCUAUCAUUCUCAGAUCCUCCGUGGCCAUGGGUCUAAGUCGCUGUACCUUGCCGGGCAAGCCUCCAUCGAGGACCGGACCAGUUCACAAGGUUUUAAACCGACUUUUCCUCGUCCGCGAUCCAGUUGCAGGGAACACAACGCCCUUCCCCUCUGUUGGUCCAUCCAAUGCGACUCUUGCGACUCCACGCUCUCACCAUACUCUAAAUUGCCUUCCUGCGCCUUCUCCGAAAGCUGGUCUCCUGCUGCGUCCUCCUCAUCAACGACUAAUAUCACGUUCCGGCCGGUCCCAUUACACCACACGUACCACACGCACCACUACCCAUCACGCUCGUCUGCUUCGCCUCGGAGCUCCUCCAACAACUACUAAUUGCCUCGUUCCGUCGCCCACUCCCGCCUCCUCUUUCUUCUCCGCAUCUCUCCCACCGACACAUGCGCCGGUAAUGUCAAUGGCGUCGUAUCCCUUCAGUUCAGCCAGCUCCUCAGACAUCUCUACGCCCCGGUCCUCCUCGCCUUCGCCAUCGUCCGUCGCCUCUGCCCGCUCCUCUCGCUCCUCUAUAUCUAACAAGCGCAUGUCCAUGUCCAGUCGCAGAAUGACAGACUUCAACCCCAUGUCUUCCGUCGACAUCUCCGUCAUUGAAGACAAGAUGAGAAUGGCCUCCCUCGACCAGCACCGUGGCUACUCCCAGAACACCUUUGGCGAGGUUCAGCAAUAUCGCAACACGGAAUACGUGCCCAAGACCCAGGCUACCGCUUUCCAGAUCCUGCGCGAGCCCCUCUGGAACAAAGGUCUCUCCUUCACGCCCGAAGAGCGCGUCAACAGAAACCUCACCGGCCUCAUCCCUCACACCAUGGAGAGCCUCCAGACGCAAUGCCAGCGGGCCAUGAAGAUGAUCAACACCCGCCAGACCGACGUCGACAAGUAUCUCUACCUGUCCUCGCUCAAGGCCCAAAACUUUGACCUCUUCUACCGCCUGCUCAUUGACAACGUCCGCGAGCUCAUGCCCUUGGUCUACACUCCCACCAUUGGCGAUGUCUGCCUGCAAUACUCUACCCUCUACACCCGCCCGGAGGCUCUGUACAUUUCCAUCAAGCAGCGAAAGUCCAUCCGCACCAUGCUCCGCAACUGGCCCUACCCCAACCCCCAGAUCUGCGUCGUUACCGACGGUUCCCGCAUUCUGGGUCUUGGUGACCUCGGUGUCAACGGUGUUGGUAUCUCUAUUGGCAAGCUCGCUCUGUACACUGGUGCCGCCGGUAUCCACCCCGAAAACACCCUGCCCAUUGUCCUCGACACCGGCACCAACAACGAGACCAACCUCAAGGACCCCUUCUACCUGGGCAUCCGCUCCAAGCGUGUGUCCGUCGCCGAGCAGCAGGCGUUCAUGGACGAGUUCAUGGAGGCCGUCACCGAGGUCUACCCCGAGAUGACUGUCCAGUUUGAGGACUUUGAGUCCGAAAAGGCCUUCAACUACCUCGACCGCUACCGCGACAAGUACCGCUGCUUCAACGACGACAUCCAGGGAACUGGUGCCGUCGUCUUGGCUGGCUACAUCAACGCCGUCGAGCUCUCUGGCGUUCCCCUCGAGGAGCAGCGCCUGGUCUUCAUGGGCGCCGGUUCCGCCGGUGUCGGUGUCGCCAAGCAGCUCGUCGAGUACUACACCAAGCGCGGCCUCAGCGAGCAGGUCGCCAGGGACAAGUUCUGGCUGGUCGACACCAAGGGUCUCGUCACCAAGGACCGCGGUGACAAGCUCGCCGAGCACAAGAAGUACUUUGCCCGUACCGACAACAACGGCCACCAGUUCCGCACCCUCGAGGAGGUGAUUGAGUACGUCAAGCCCACCGCUCUCGUCGGUCUCACCGCCACCUUUGGCGUCUUCACCGAGUCCGUCGUCCGCGCCCUCAAGGCCUCUGUCGACUCUGGCGGUCUUGGCCGCCGCCCCGUCCUCUUCCCCCUCAGCAACCCCCUCACCAAGGCCGAGUGCACUUUCGAGCAGGCCGUCCAGUGGACCGACGGCACCGUCAUCUUCGCCUCCGGCUCCCCGUUCUCCCCCUUCACCAUGAAGAGCCCCGACGGCCAGGCCAUUACCUACCACCCCAACCAGGGCAACAACGUCUACGUCUUCCCCGGUCUCGGUCUCGGUGCCAUCCUCGCCAAGGCCUCCAAGGUCACCGACGACAUGGUCUACACCUCGGCUGCCGCUCUCGCCGCGUCCCUCAACGUUGACGAGAUCCACAAGGGUCUCAUCUACCCCCGCAUUGAGCGUGUCCGUGACGCCAGCGUCAUUGUCGCCCGCGAGGUCAUGAAGUCCGCCCGCAGAGCCGGCGUCUCCAAGCUUCCCGAGUCCCAAUGGGUCGAGUGGGAGGAGUGGGGUGACGUUGCCCUGGACGCCUGGAUCAAGGAGCGCGUCUACGACCCCGUCAGCUUCUCCGAGAAGAGCCGAAUUUGAACCACACCCCCCAAAAGAUUGUGCGAUGGAUGACUUGCAUUUAUGGAUCAAAAGGGCUUGGACAGGGAAUACCUGAGACGUUCUCAGAGCGAAAUUGGUUUUUUUUUCGGCGUUGGGGUAGGCAUCAAGGGCCUUGGCUUUCCAAUCUUGCCGAGAUUUGAGCGAAGGGAAACACAGACACAUUUUCAACGUCACUAAAAGGACGACGACGCUUUUUUACUACGAGUACGCCCCAUGUGGCCAUCGUCUCCGUGACGCCUGUUCGCGUCGGAGUUUUGAAUUUAGAGUAGAGGAUGUGGGGGAGACAGGUUUCGCGGUAAUACUUCCUGAUGGAGCCAUGCUACAUGGAACGCGAUUUAGAAAUAGACUUGGAUGCCUGUACGACUGUGCUGCUGUGGAUGUGACUGUGAUCCUGCCCAGAGUGGACAAUGGACUCUAGAGAGCUUGCCGAGCUCCCGUAGGCAAAAGAGCGGAGG